AUGGUUUGGGGGACUCUCUCAUUGUUUGUCCUCGCCGCGACUGUAACGGUAGGAGUGUUUGCAACUAUUGACAUCGAGUUUAUUUCUGGUAAAAGUCCACCAUCCUCUAUCCCAACUGAUGAAAAUAGGGUGUACUCUGUUGCUCUUGGAGAACGGAUAAGUAAGCCUGUAGAAGCUAAAAUUGUACUUGAUGGCAGCUAUGUAACAACUGGUGACAUUGCCAGUGCAGAGGUUAAAGUGACAUCAAUAGAUGAGAAUGUGUAUGAUAACAAUCUACCUUCUACUUCUGAUACAUGGGCAUCAACUGGAGGUAAAAUAUGCCAAUGGGCUUACAACGUAGCGUAUCCUAAAAGAAGAGAUCGAAGAUUUGCUGAGUUUGUGUGUGCAGAUAAUACAACCAAAACAUUGGAGGGCAUUACAGCUUUUGGUGGACUAAUAACUAUUGAAGGACUUUAUCAUACUCAUCCCUCUGGUUCGGUUCCCACUGGAAAUCGAGUACUGAAAGUGUCAAUUACAGUGAAUGGAACAGAGUAUACCAAAGUCACUGAGCCCAUACAGGUUACUGAGCCUGCCAAAUCAUUGACUGUAUCAUCAGUAUUGCCUGCUACUGCAACAGCCAAUUCACCAUUUGACAUCACAUUACAAAUUAAAGAUGGAUCUGGAAACGUGGUCACCAGUGGUUUAGAUUCAACUCUAUUUGUCACGUUAUCUGUCAGUUGGGAACACAAAGAAUUUUAUCAUCUCAUUGGUAAAGAAAUGUUUCUGAAGGAGACACAGUUUAGAUUAGCCGGUGAUGGUGCCAGGGAACAUGCUAGUUAUUAUGAUACUAUAAUUAGAAAACGGGCAACUAAUGGUGUAGUGACAUUUACCAAUGUUCGAAUUCUGGAUGUUGGAACAGUGAAGUUAAAUUUUACCAUGUCCGUUCCGAGAGAUCCCUGGAUUCGACAACCUGAUGAUUAUUCUGAUAUGACGUGUAAAACUGUUUAUGAUGGAGUUUAUUUCACCUAUAAUGAUACCGCAGCUUGUCCCACUGUAGACGCUAUACUCAUAUCAGAUCCUAUAAUUAUCACAGAACAAGCUGCAGCCUCUCUAGCAUUAGUUACACCUACAUCUACUAUUUAUACAAAUAUUGGUGCCAAUAUGCCGCUAACACCAGACAUUAUCGUAGAAGUACGCGAUUCUGGUGGGAAUAGAAUUUACGCUGGGCAAGACUCAACAUUGGCUAUUGUAACAACUAUUAGUCCAGGAUCAGCCUGUUUAUCAACUGAUAGUAAUUUUAACCUGGUAGAUGGACGGGGUGUGUUUCCUGGCUCAAUCUGUGACAGUGGAGCUGGAAUAACUCUGUCAUUUGAAACAACCAGUAUCGUUUCUCCUGCUGGUACCAUUUCAGCUGGACCUUUACCAGCUAUGAGUGUUACAGGUGACAUACAUAUUGCUAACUUCAUUGAUUACUAUAAAUCAGGAUCUAGUGCUGACCCUCAACCUCAUAUGGAUUCAUUUACUAAAUUUGCUGUCAAUGACAUCAACAAUGGAAUAUUUCCAGGUCUCCUGAAUGGAAGAACUUUAAAAAUUCAGAGUGUUAACACAUGGGGUGAUGUAUCUAAAACAGUAGAUGCUUAUAAAGAGAUGAUUGAACAUGGAACACAUAAUCCAGCAGAGAAAGUUCGGGCUAUGAUAGGGUUUGGUCAGAAUUAUUUGACUGAGAGAAUGACUCCAUUACUUAAUGGUGAUAAAAUGCCAUUGUUAGCUACAAGAGAGGACAAAUUGGAAUUUGGAGACAAGGCUUUAUACCCCUACUAUAACAGAUUAUCUUGGCAUGAAGGAGCUGCCACCCACAGUGUUUUCUUGGCUUUUAAACAGAGGAAAUGGAAGAAAGUGUGCUAUCUCGAAAUGGAUUCCAUCUCCAAUCUCCACGUGAACUUGUCCGAGACCGAAUUUCGAUUCAGAAGAGCCUAUGAACAAGUGGUUUUGCUGAACAACAAAUUACAAGAUCUUCAAGUUAGAUACGAUCAACCAAGACGAGAUGAGCUGCGUUCUUUCCGCUACAACAUCCGUUUGAGAAUGUCUGCAGUCGAAGGUGUGAGAAAUGCUUAUUAUGAAUAUGCUCGCCAAAAAGCUGACAAAGUUCUUUACCUUCGCCACAAGAUCAGGUCGACGGUUGUCAGCGAUUUCGAAGACGACAGCAGCAGUUCCGAAGAGUCCAUGGAGUAG